UUCCUUGGCUCCCCUAAUGCCGCCUCCAUGCAACUUAGCACCGUCGUCUCCUCCUCUCCAUGCCAGCGCCUCCCCCUACCCAGCGUUCUCCCCACCACGCCGCCAAUGUUGUCCAUCCCCACCGCGCCCACGCCUGCACCCUCUAGCCCCACCGCGUCGGCCUACGCCCAGUCGAGCAUGACAUCUCGUUUCCAGUGAGGCGGCGGUGGCGAAUCGGAUCUGGUGCAGUUGCAUCUGGAGUCGGUUCUCUUGGUGGCGCUAGGUGGCAGCACAACUGAUCUGCACCACACCUGCUCGACUCUAGAGGAUCUCUCCUUGGGCGCCUUCAGCACACAGGAGGAGGAAGCGAGGCAUACGAUAUCGCAACGAUCAAGGUCCGUGGCCUCAACGCCUUCACCAAAUUUGACAUGAGUCGCUACGACAUCAAGAGCAUCCUGGAUAGCAGCGCUCUCCCCUUCGGCGACACUGCCAAGCACCUCAAGGAGACCGAGGCUGCCGCGUCCGCACGAGAUCAUACCGGCGUGCUAAGCUAUGACAUCGGGGGUGACGCGCACAGUGCGGUCAGAGUUGGCACCUAGCGUUUGCUGCAGCGGAGUGAAGCACACGGGGCAGCCCUUGUGGAGAUGGUCAGUCUACAAAUCGGUGCACAGGGUGUUGGAGGUAUGGCCCAUACCAUAUUUGAUGAAAUGCCUCUAAACAUCGGCGAGGAAGAAAUUGCCCUGUUCUCUGGUGGUUAUUCUGAUUAUUCAGUGUUUGAUGAAAUGCCACUUGGGGAUGUGAUUUGGGAUGAGGAAUAUGGGCAUCAUGAUUUGUUGGAUCAGCCAGCACCAGAUGCAUAUUACUUAGCUGCCAAGAGGACGCCCUAUGACUCCGUCCCAAUGAACUUAUUCAAUGAUGUUGCAGUCUCUGCUCCCAAGUAUGAUGAUCUGACUAAUGUUGGGCAGGCCAAAGGAAUUGUGCACUCUCAUGGCAUGUUGCCAUGCUCGCAUCCAUGGCCAUGCCGAGGUAGACUUCUCCUCGUCACGUGGCUCUGGUUCGCAAUGGUGGACGGCGAUGGUGACAGGGAACACCAGCAAUAGCCGGUUGUGGCAGCCGCCACCGCGUCACAUAGCGCCGAGUUGGAGGGGCACAUCACAUGAAUAGAUCCGCGCAAUCUUGCAUCAUGGCAGUGCCGGCGGCCUCCCGGGCAUGGCGACUCUCCCCAGUCCACCAGGCACCUCUUCGUCCUUUGGGCCCGUACGCCUCCGCUUCCUCGGGCGUGUCCGCCGGCCAUUUGGAUGCCGUCAAACCGGUUGGCCGUGUCCGGGUCAUCUCCGCGCUCCUCCUCCAAAUGGCCAAACCCUACCUUGUUGUAGCUAGCCUACCCCUCCAGACGCCAUUGUCUUCCUGAUCAGUCUCGCCCACUACCCGUCUCAUCAGGUGUCGAUGAUUGAAGCAUACCUGCGAGCUAACAAAAUGUUUGUGGACAAGCAUGAGCCUGAGACGGAACGAGUUUUCUCUUCAUAUCUGGAGCUGGACCUUAGUGAGGUGGAGCCUUGCGUUUCAGGCCCCAAAAGGCCUCGUGAUCGUGUCCCUUUGAAGGAAAUGAAGUCAGACUGGCAUGCUUGCCUGGACAACGAAGUUGGUUUCAAGGGCUAUGCGGUGCCAAAGGAACAGCAAGGCAAAGUUGUAAAAUUCGACUUCCAUGGAAGGCCAGCUGAAAUCAAGCAUGGCAGUGUUGUUCUUGCAGCAAUAUGUAGCUCCACAAACACAUCAAAUCCCAGCGUCAUGAUUGGUGCUGGCCUUGUGGCAAAGAAAGCCUGUGAAUUGGGCCUUGAGGUGAAGCCAUGGGUAAAGACAAGCCUUACCCCUGGAUCUGUGGUUGCUACCGAGUACUUGAAACAUAGUGGCCUUCAAGAUUAUCUGAACCAGCAAGGGUUCCAUGUCGCUGCGCAUGGCUGCGCCACUUGUGUGGGCAACUCUGGUGACCUAGAUGGAUCUAUAUCUGUUGCUAUCACAGAAAAUGAUAUCGUUGCUGCUACGGUGCUGUCAGCCAACCGAAACUUCGAGGGGCGUGUGAACCCUCACUCAGGCUAACUACCUUGCCUCACCGCCUCUGGUUGUUGCCUACUGUUGACAUUGACUUUGAGAAAGAGCCCAUUGGAGUUGGAAAGGUUGGGAAGGAAGUUUUCUUGAGGGACAUAUGGCCUUUAAACCAAGAGUUGAUGAGGUUGUGGAGUCCAGCGUGCAGACUCACUUGUUAAUUCAAGAAAGUGUACGACUCCAUCAUGGAACUCAAAUUUUGGUGGUUGCACUAGUGUGGAGACUUGAAUUCAUGUAUACACUUAGUUAGACUCAACGUUAGCGCAAACAGUUGAUGACCAAGUUUUUUAAUUAGUAUUUUAGUUUGGAUGUAUAGUACACUUAUGUAUGAGUUAUUUGACAAUGCUUAUUUAUGAGAUAUUGAAUGACACUUGUCUAUGUUAUAUUAAUUAUAAUGUUAUUAAAUAUA